GUUGGAGCGCGGCCAGCCGGAUUCGCCGGGUGGUUCAACGACGAUCUCGAGCGGUCUCAUCAUUGUCCAGCACGUGUGCGCGUCGGCAAAAUAUCCACACACGUGCACAUCAGUUGGAGAUGCAGCUUUUGACUCGCAUGGGGCUUGACUCGUCAUUUCCGUCGAGAUAUUCCGCGAGAACAUCGGCUGCAGGUUGGAGAGAAGAUAGAAGCGUGGAAAAAGUGAGCGAGAGAGGGAGACAGAGCGACUGGGAGCGUUUAGUCGGUUCGCAGGAGUCAAACGAGUCGGUUGCUCCUCGUCGGCCGAUCAGCUGUUCGCUCGCACCUGCAGUUCGACGACGGCGAUCGAACCGCCGUCGGCGCGCUUUGCCGAAUCUGAACGGCUGAUGGUCGAACGUCCGGUUUCGAAGUGUCUUCCUGGUUGUUCUCGUGCUAGUAUUCCGCCGGCGGAUGUACCGACCUUAAUCGGGUGGUCGUAAAGAUACUUCGAUCGUACGUGGAUUACGGUGGUGUCCAAGGUCGUCGUUCUCCCUACCCGAACUAUCGCGAGUUCAGUGAGCGUCUAUUGAUGUCCUGACAGAGGGGAUCGACGAAGAGUCGUCUUCGUGUUGACGCGAACGAAUUCGCUCGCGGGGUCUUCGCCGUUGGUACCGUAAAAAGUAGUCGAGCUCGCUCGUCCAGUUGAUCCGGCUCAUGGACCGAUCGGAAGAGAGAGAUCGUCCGAUCCAUCUCGGAAGUGAAGCUGAAUCGAGGCUAAAAACUUGAAUUUCCUCCGACGACGUGCGUUUCAGUCGGUUCUACGAUUAACACAGGAAGGCGAGGGUGGCGGCGGUGGUGGCGGUGGCCGUUCCGUGACCGGCGCUGGGGGCGGUGGAGGAGGAGGCGGCGGUCGACGGGCGCCGAGCCUACGGCUGGUGAACGGAAGGGCGACCACGGGCGUGAGUUUGCACACCAGCAGUACCGAAUCUGUACGUUCUCCCCAUCAUCAUCUCGGUCAGCAGCAGACUGUCGGCAAUAACAACUGCACGCAACAACACGCCGGUAAUAACCCCGCCGCGAACAAUCACCCGAGGCUCAACAAAGAUGACAGCAUUAAGAUCAGCAUCGAGAACACCAACACUUGUACAGAUAGCCUUGUCACUGCUCUAGACGACGAGACUCUUCUCAUCACUGAUUUCCUGGGCGAUACAGGCAACGAAAUGAAUUACAAGGGUAGCGGAAAGGUCCACUUCGGAGUGGACGAUGUGUCUCUCUAUGGGACCCCGAAAGAGGAGCCUGGUCCGGGCCUGCCGGGUCAGGAGGUCAAACAGAGCUUCCUGAAAAAUCAGCUUCAGGCCUUGUUCCAACCGACGGACAACAAGCUUGCUAUGAAGCUUUUCGGCAGCAAGAAGGCGCUCAUGAAGGAACGGAUCAGACAAAAAGCCGCAGGUCACUGGGUCAUCCAUCCUUGCUCCAGUUUUCGAUUCUACUGGGACCUCUGCAUGCUCCUCCUAUUGGUAGCUAAUCUGAUAAUUCUGCCAGUCGCCAUUAGUUUUUUCAAUGACGACCUAAGCACUAGAUGGAUAGCUUUCAACUGCCUUUCGGACACGAUAUUUCUUGUAGACAUCGUCGUCAACUUCAGGACGGGUAUAAUGCAGCAAGAUAAUGCCGAACAAGUGAUACUGGAUCCGAAGUUAAUCGCAAAACACUACCUAAGGACUUGGUUCUUUCUCGACCUCAUCUCCUCCAUACCGUUAGACUACAUUUUCCUUAUAUUUAAUCAAUUUCAGGAUUUCAGCGAAUCUUUCCAGAUCCUACACGCUGGACGUGCUCUCAGGAUUCUUAGGCUUGCAAAACUGUUGUCACUCGUUAGAUUACUACGCUUGUCAAGACUGGUGCGGUAUGUCUCGCAAUGGGAAGAAGUCUAUAUAUUGCAGAACCUACAAAAAAAACGCACUGAGCGGAGGGGGCGCCUAAGUUCUGACAAUAUGACUAAAAAGAAGUCCGGUUUCAGCAAAAGCGACCUUAUUUUUAAGUUCCUGAAUAUGGCGUCGGUGUUCAUGCGGAUCUUUAACCUGAUCUGUAUGAUGCUCCUAAUCGGCCAUUGGAGUGGCUGCCUUCAAUUUUUGGUACCCAUGCUUCAAGGAUUCCCCAGUAAUUCAUGGGUGGCCAUUAACGAGUUACAAGACUCGUUUUGGUUGGAACAAUAUUCGUGGGCCCUCUUCAAAGCCAUGUCACAUAUGCUGUGUAUCGGAUACGGUAGAUUUCCGCCGCAGUCCUUGACCGAUAUGUGGCUGACUAUGCUCAGUAUGAUCAGCGGUGCGACGUGUUACGCUCUUUUUCUCGGACACGCGACAAAUCUCAUUCAAUCUCUCGAUUCCUCGAGAAGACAAUAUCGCGAGAAGGUGAAACAAGUGGAGGAAUAUAUGGCCUACCGGAAACUACCGAGAGAAAUGAGACAAAGAAUCACGGAAUACUUCGAGCAUCGCUACCAAGGAAAGUUCUUCGACGAGGAGUUAAUCCUCGGGGAACUUUCGGAAAAAUUAAGAGAAGAUGUGAUCAAUUACAACUGCAGAUCACUGGUAGCGUCUGUACCCUUCUUCGCCAACGCCGAUUCAAAUUUUGUCUCGGACGUUGUUACGAAACUCAGAUACGAAGUCUUCCAGCCAGGUGAUAUCAUCAUUAAGGAAGGUACUAUCGGUUCGAAAAUGUACUUCAUACAAGAGGGCAUAGUCGAUAUCGUAAUGGCGAAUGGGGAAGUUGCGACCUCGUUGUCAGACGGAUCUUACUUCGGCGAAAUUUGUCUGUUGACGAACGCGAGGAGGGUAGCAUCAGUUCGAGCGGAGACCUAUUGCAAUCUUUUCAGCCUCUCAGUGGAUCAUUUCAAUGCCGUGCUGGACCAGUAUCCCCUAAUGCGCAGAACGAUGGAGAGCGUUGCCGCCGAGAGGUAUAAGCUUUGGUUAAACAAAAUCGGGAAGAAUCCUAAUCUAGUGGCUCAUCGUGAGGAGGAUCUCGGCAGCGAAUCAAAAACGAUAAACGCCGUGGUAAAUGCACUCGCAGAGCAAGCCGCGCAUGCCAGCGCCAGCGAGGAAUCGGUGCACAGCAUGGAACUCAGAACGCUGCCGGCUUGCCUCUUACCUAGACCAAAGUCUGAAAACAAUUUUGCGAGCCAAGAACUUACGAGAGAGGGACGGAGGAUCUUCCACAAAAGCGACACGUUCCAUAAGGAUUCGUAUCAAUGACGACACUCGUUUUACUAGCAUACGCAGAGAUAUUAACGGCUCCAUGUUGAAAUAACGAUGGGAUUUGUUCCAUCGAUAGGACGAAUUGGUAGUUUUGCGCCCGGUGCUUGGACGAUCCUAUCUAGCAGUGAUCUAUACAUGGAUAUCGGUCAUGCCAGUAGUCCUUUAGCAAUCAAUUUAUAGCACUUUCUUAUAUUAACUUAACGGUUUCGUCUAGGACUGUGAAACUGCCAAAACGAUCGAGUCCUUAUAAGCUCCAACCAUGAUAUACGAGAACACUGUUAAGAUCCGCAAAUAGAUUCACUCGGGAAAAAAUAUAACGCAUUAUCCUUACAUAUAUUAUAUAUAAUAAUUAAUCAUGUAUAAUUUGUU